UUACCGCACAACUUACUGCAAGGUGAACCCACCCUCUACAACGCUGAUUACCGAGCAGCCCACCAACCACUGCUCAAAAUGUCAGGUCUCGAUGUGGAGGCGCUCCUCGAUUCUACCGCCGCCGAGGAAGUGAAGAAUUCUCCGAAGCCGGACGAUGACCGCCACCGCAGUGAGCGUGCUGAGCGGCGCGAUCGAGAUACAGAUCGAGAUGGCUCCCGUGACCGCGAUCGGGAUCGUAAACGACGUGACCGGAGUCGUGAACAUCGUCGAGACUUGGAGGACGACAGCAUAAGAAGUCCACGGAGCGACCACGGCAGUGCUAACGGAAGUCACAGAAGUAGCAGGAGGAGGAGUCGUAGCCGGGAUGAUGACAGAAGACGUUCGAGACGUGAUGAUGACUAUCGCCGUCGAAGAACUAGAUCUCCUGACAACGAUCGCUUUUAUUACCGGCCUGGAGGUCGGUCGAAGCGGGAUGAUGAGGACCGGCGUGAGCGAGGUGACCGACGCCGCUCGGGAAGUCCCAGAAAACGAGUCAAGAGCAAAACUCCAGAACCACAGCUCACUGAAGAUGAACGUGACAGGAGAACAGUCUUCGUCCAACAACUUGCUGCUCGUCUUCGGACCAAGGAGUUGAUUCAAUUCUUUGAGAAAGCAGGCCCCGUGAAAGAGGCCCAAAUUGUCAAAGACCGCGUCAGUGGACGGUCUAAAGGGGUUGGAUAUGUUGAGUUCAAAAAUGAAGAGUCUGUACCACUUGCGAUCCAGAUGACCGGACAGAAGCUUCUCGGAAUUCCCAUCAUUGCGCAACUCACUGAAGCAGAGAAAAACCGACAAGCCCGCAACCCGGAGGCAAGCACGAGUCACCACAACUCGGUCCCUUUUCACCGACUCUAUGUUGGGAACAUCCACUUCAGCAUUACCGAGCAAGAUUUGCAGAAUGUCUUCGAGCCUUUCGGUGAGCUCGAGUUUGUUCAACUACAGAAGGACGAGACUGGACGGAGCCGAGGUUAUGGAUUUGUGCAGUUCCGCGAUCCCAAUCAAGCUCGUGAGGCUCUUGAGAAAAUGAAUGGUUUUGACCUCGCAGGGCGCCCGAUCCGAGUCGGCCUUGGAAACGACAAGUUCACUCCCGAGUCUACCGCAAACCUGUUGCAACGCUUCCAAGGACAAAACCACUCCGGUGGAUCCCAGGGUUCUGCAUUUUCCGGCCUUGGUGGUCGUGGUGCUCACGCCGGCGGCUCCGGGGGUGCAUUCGACCGUGCAGGUGGGCGUGACAAUGACAAGGGUGCUGGAAAUGCGAGUGCAUUAGACGAUACGGACGUGGCCGGCGUGAACUUCAACAAUUAUAGCAGAGAUGCAUUGAUGCGGAAACUCGCUAGGACUGAUGAACCCGCCCAUGAAGCCGAAACAAAACGAGCAGCCGUCUUACCCAAGAAAGAAAGCAAGCCUCUUCCUGUCAAUGUCAGUCAGGCGAGCAGAUGUGUUCUCCUGCGAAAUAUGUUUGAUCCUGCUGAGGAAGAAGGCGAGAACUGGGUCAAAGAACUCGAAGACGACGUCCGUGCCGAAUGCGAAGAAAAAUACGGCCAUGUUGUACACAUCUCCGUCGACCCCAACACACAAGGCGACAUCUAUCUCAAAUUCGAACGCGUCUCAGGGGGCGAGAAUGCCAUCAAGGGCCUUAACGGCCGAUACUUUGGCGGUAGGCAGAUCAGUGCACAGCCCGUUGUUGACGCCGUCUACAGCAGUUUGUUUGCGAGGACCAAGGCUCUGUGA